AUGAUGCGUUGUCUUAUUUUUGUUUGUUUUCUCCCUCUGUCACUCUCUCUUUCUGGGGUUUCGAUUCCUCAAAAAACGUUAUAUGAUGAGUUUCUCGAUGUUCUCAAAACUUCCGAUGAUUGUCACACAUGGUAUCAAUUUCAAACUUCUGGUAUAAAUGCCCGCAAUCAUACCAGUUACACAGUUAGCACACAGGAAGUCUUGUUCGAGCAAUACAUCGAUAUGCGUAGUCGUGGUAUGACCGACGUCAUCAUUGAACCGCUUCUGAAUUCAUACUGUCGAGCUAAAAGCCACGUUCCUCUUGCUCUGAUUUUCUGGAAGCCACCGUCUUAUGUCUCUGGAAAUUACACGUGGAAUCUGACGGAUAGAUCUCCAGAAAACCAUCACUAUCACAUAGCGAAAAACCAAGAAACGGUUUUCAUGGAUGCCUACGAAGCACAGAAAAACACGGAGGUGUCAAAGAAGAAAAUAGAGCAAAUAAAUAUAUUGGAUUUCAAACAAACUUUUCGUUUCGCUGCAUUCAUCUUAUGUUCAAGUCUUGCACUUAGUGCUUAUAAUUUACUUCGACUGUACUACGAAGGUGAAGAUGAUGAAGAUGAUGAGUUGUUCGAACAUAUUGAAAGAUUUGGGAUCCGUGGAGAGUUGAUGCAAUUCGCAGUACUAGCUUUUUCUCUCGGUUGUUUUCUUUUGGGACUUCACUAUUAUGAUCCGUUCAAUGAAUUUGAAAUUUUCUGA